AUGGAUUACAAGAACUUAGACAGGAGGCCCUCGGCAGCAUUCUUCUGCCCACAAAACAAACCACCAAAAGCAAACUAUCUAGACCUGAUUCGUCGUUAUCUACGUAAUAACGUUACUCUCCAACCAUUUAGAACUGCCAUACUUGAAUCGCUCUUCACAACAUGGCAGAUUCUCGGAGAAACGAAUCCCGCGAUCGCAGCAAUGACACAAGGCCCUCGAUAUAUACGACAUUUUCACGAUUGGAUUGCUGCAACGGAGUCACCGUCAACAUCAACUGAGAUGCAGUGGACGGACACCAUGUCAGGGAUGAUCUCCCUACCUUUGUUGACAAUCAUGCAAAUUGUGCAAUACUUCCAAUACCUUGAAACUCGAGAGAUUACUCACAGUCAGUUUGUCGAAGAAAUUAGGAUAGGUGGAGCGCAAGGCUAUUGUGGUGGAUUGUUGCCCGCAGCAGCAAUAGCGGCGUCUCGCAAUGAAGACGAAGUUGUUCACAAUGCAGGUAUCGCCCUAAGACUAGCUCUCGCCAUAGGAGCUUAUGCGGAGUUGGGAGAUGACGAAAAUAUUCCUGGGCCAACAACGGUGGUGCUACGGACGAAGUACUCAGGACAGGCGGAGGAGAUAGUGUCCAAGUUCCCAGGAACUUAUAUAUCGGCUAUAACGGACCCAGAGACAAUAAGUAUUGUUGGGCCUGUAAAUGUUGUGGAGGAACUUCGAGCCUACGCUGAAGGUCAAGGCAUAAAAGCCACAAAAUUACACCUCCGAGGCAAAGUCCACAAUCCCGAAAAUAAGGACUUGUGCAAGGAAUUCAUCAACUUAUGCCACAAGUACCCCAGUAUGUUGAUGCUGCCCACUGCAGCCUCUUUGCAGACAUCGUUACGGUCAAACAAAACCGGGAAGGAAUUGAGAAGUUCAGCUACAACUGCUUCUCUAUCUAUUGAGGUACUGGAAAAUACUCUAGCGAACAAAUGUGAAUGGUACAAUCUCCUCAAUGGCAUGGCAAAAGAUCUCGACGCAAUCAGCAGAACAGAAAAGGAACACACUUUCGCUCUAUUUGGUACCGGAAGAAAGAACUGUGUUCCGACGAUGCCAUUUGAGGAAAAACAACUCCGUAUUUCUAAACUGGAUAUUGUGACCUAUGUUGAGAAACACGACAUUCCGAGAGAGGGGCGGACACUAGAUCAAUAUCCUGAAAACGCCAUCGCUAUUGUCGGCGCUGGUUGCCGAUUGCCUGGCGCGAACUCCAUCGAUGAGCUGUGGGAAAUUCUCAGUGCGGGAUCCUCCAGAGUUGAAAAGCUAAGAUCAUCGCGAUUCGAUUUAUCCACAGUUUCUCGGGGUUCAGUCGGACCAGAUGCCAAGCAAACGGCCAAGCGAGAGCUCUAUGGGAACUUCCUCGAUGAUGUUGAAUCCUUCGAUAGUAACUUCUUCGGAAUCAGCCCUCGUGAAGCCAUGUACAUGGACCCCCAACAACGUUUACUGCUCGAAACCGCCUACGAAGCGUUAGAUGGCAGUGGGUAUCUGCGUACUCACCGACGAGGUGAUUUUGACAAUGUCGGUUGUUUCAUUGGCGCAAGUUAUACCGAGUACCUCGAAAACACAAGUUCUUAUAACCCAACCGCGUACACGGCUACCGGUACUAUUCGAGCUUUCCAAAGUGGGCGGAUUAGCUAUCACUUUGGUUGGAGUGGCCCGUCUGAAGUUAUUGAUACAGCAUGCUCUGCAUCUCUUGUUGCUGUCAAUAGGGCUUGCAAAGCUAUCCAGUCCGGUGAAUGCCCAAUGGCUCUCGCUGGUGGCGUUAAUAUUAUCACUGGUGUCAACAAUUACUUCGAUCUUGGCAAGGCGGGAUUUUUGAGCACCACAGGACAAUGCAAGCCUUUUGAUGAGACUGCAGAUGGUUACUGCCGUGCCGACGGAGUCGGUCUAGUGGCUUUGAAGUCUCUGCGUCAAGCAGUUGCCGAUGGGAACAAUGUUAUGGGUGUUAUUAUGGGAGUUGGCACCAACCAGGGCGGCCUCUCUCCAGCAAUUACCGUUCCGUACUAUCGCGCUCAGAUUAGUUUAUUCAAGAAUGUGCUCAACCAGUCAGGUCUCAAAUCUGGACAAAUUUCCUACGUCGAAGCACACGGUACCGGCACUCAGGUUGGUGACCCAAUAGAAAUAUCCAGUGUCCGUGAAGUUUUCGGUGGUUCCGACAGAAGCGAGUUUGUGAAUAUGGGGUCCUUGAAAGCAAACGUUGGACACAGUGAAACUGCCGCUGGAAUCGGUAGUUUGAUGAAAGUCCUCGCUAUGCUCAAGCAUGGAAAGAUUCCUCCCCUAGCCGGGUUCAAGUCUCUGAAUCCGAAGAUUCCUGCUCUCGAACCAGACUAUCUCCGGAUUCCAACCGAGCUUCAGGAUUGGAAUUCCUCAUUCAGGGCUGCAUGUGUGAACAGUUACGGUGCUGCCGGUAGCAAUUCGGCUCUGAUUUGUGGAGAGGCUCCAAUAGUUACAGCAAUGACCGAUGUACUGCCCACGGAUACAAACAUGCAUGAAACUAGUCAUCUGCAAUAUCCACUCUUCUUGAGUGCUACAAACAAUUUCACCCUAAAGGCUAACGCUUCCAAACUUGCUCAAUACGUUCUCAAGAAUCAGCCUCGAGUUGCCGAUGUAGCUUACACUCUUUAUCAUCGCCGAAAACAUCACAGAGUCCAAUGGACUGGUCUUGCACAUGACCUUGAAUCACUUGUUCGGUCACUAGACAAGAUUGAGGAAGGCCUCGAAGUGCCAGCCUCUCCCAAAUCCGUGGUGCUGGCCUUCUCGGGCCAAAGCAAGCAAACUAUCGGACUCGACCCAUCGUGGUACGUCAGCUUCCCACGUCUCCGACACUAUAUCGACUUGUGUAACAAGAUUGUCAUACGAUUGGGAUAUUCUACUAUUCUGCCUGCCGUGUUCGCUACGGAUCCGGUCGAGGAUGUAGUUGCCCUGCAAUGUGGAACUUUUGCAUUUCAAUAUGCAUGUGCCAAAUGCUGGAUUGAUUCGGGACUGGAGGUCAAGGCUGCCGUUGGUCACAGCUUUGGCGAACUAACAGCAAUGGCCGUGACCGAAACUUUGUCGCUUGAGGAUGCUCUCCAUUUAGUCGCUGCUCGAGCUACUCUGGUGCAGACAAAAUGGGGUUCGGAACGAGGAACGAUGCUCGCUAUUGAGGCAACUUUGGAUACAACACGACAAAUCAUUACCGUUGUUAACGAAAACAUUGAAAUUGCAUGCUACAAUGGUCAGAAGAGCCAUGUGCUUGUGGGAACUGAAAGGAGUAUUGGUCAAGUUGAACACCUCAUCGCCACCGACAACCGGUUCAAGGGUACCCGCAAUACGCGAGUCAAGACAAGCCAUGGCUUCCAUUCUGUCUUUACUGAACCAAUCCUUCCAGAACUUGACGAAAUAGCACAAAAGCUUGAAUUCAAUGCACCUUCGAUCCCACUUGAAACAUCUACAGAGAAGCCGAUUAAUGAGGGCGAGCACGCGGUAGAACCCAGCCGAAUCGUACAACAUACUCGUACGCCUGUAUACUUUGGAGAUGCAAUCUCAAGGCUGGAAGAACGCCUAGGUCCUUGUAUAUGGCUUGAGGCAGGCAGCGACUCGCCUAUCAUUCCCAUGGUAAAGCGGGCUACGCACAAUCCAUCCCAACAUACUUUCCUCGGGCUAAAGGCCAAGGACAUUGCUCGCCCAAUUGAUGUCAUACCACAGGCUAGCCUGACACUUUGGCAAGAAGGAAUGUCUGUGUCCUGUUUUGAUGGUUUCUACUCUCACCCGCCGAAUGGAGUCACGUCCAACGUCUUCAACCACAUUUGGCUUCCGCCGUAUCAGUUUCAACGGACUCGGCAUUGGUUGCAAUACAUGGAUUUGGUGACAGAAGAGCGCAAAACAGUCGAUGAAAGGCUUCGCUCAGCUGGUGCAGUUGGAACGAUCGCUAGCCAGCCCCAAACUCCUCCCCUGAAACUGGUUACGGCUCGAAGCCGUGACUCUGAAUCCUGGUCAUCGCUUGAGUUUGCCAUCCAUAGUGAGACAAGCCGGUUUACAGAUAUUGUGUCUGCUCACGCAGUUCGUGACCAGCCUCUAUGUCCAGCAUCAAUGUACAUGGAAUGUGUAGUCAUGGCAGCACAGAUGGUUGAACCCAGCGUUUCUGUCAAGUCUCUUUCCUUCCAAAAUCUUUCAUUCCAAGGCGCGCUCGGCAUCAAUUACAAUCGUGACGUUUCCCUGCUUAUGGAAGGUGAUGGUGAAUACUUGGCCUGGAAUUUCACGGUUCGCAGCACAGGAAAAGAGUCAAAGGGCAGACCAACCACACAUGCCAAAGGAAGAUUCAGUGUUACGUCUCACAUUGACUUUCAACUCUAUGAACGAAUGCUUGCAGACCGCAUGAACGAAAUCUUGGUUCAUCCACAGUCCGAGAGGCUCAUGGCGGGUCGAGCAUAUACACUCUUCUCCCGGGUGGUCAACUACGCCGAGAGCCUACGUGGUAUUUCAGAAAUUACCAUCCUCAACAACCGCCAUGCAGUGGCUGAAGUGUGCCGCCCUAAGGUGUCAGUAAGUUCAAGCGAGAGUACAGCAGUGGCUGUUUGCGAUACAGUUACGUUGGAUACAUUUAUUCAAGUUGUGGGUCUUUUGAUCAAUAGCAGUGAGACUUGUCCUGUGGAUGAAGUGUUUAUUGCAACAGGCAUCGAUAGCAUCAUCAUGCAAGAUUGUGACUUUUCCGACCCCCAACAUGACACAUGGAAGGUCUAUGCCAUGGCCACUACACGCAGCGAAUCACAUGUUGCUGGCGACAUGUUUGUAUUCACCAAGGAUGGAAAAUUGAUUUUCACUGGUUCAGGCGUCCAGUUCAGUCGUUUCCCAAUCGCAAAGCUUGAGAAAGUGUUGGAAGGCAUUGGAAUGAACAGUGCCCCCAGGUCACCGAUUGGUAAUGAUGGCAUUGGAAAAGGAGUCACUGCACCGCCAUCCCCCACGACUCAAUUCCAUAUGAAUGGCCAUGCUAAAUCCACCCCCAACAGACACGGCCUAAGAGUCAGGACAACUGUGGAGAUGGAUGAGCAGACUCUGGUAGCACAAGAUAGUGUUUCAAGACGACCUUCCGCUCUCAAGUCAGCCAUGAUCAGAAACGACAGUAACUUAGGCACUCUAGGAUUAGAUUCGCUCUCGAAACUUGAGUUCGUGAACCAGCUACGUGCUCAACUGGGCAACGAGAUUUCUCCAACACAAGAUCUCUCACAGAUUGCAGACCUCUACAACAAGCUAUUUGCGCAUAGUUCUACGACAAAUAGUCGAUCUGCGCACAUCGAUCAUGUCCACGAAAUAGAACUUGACGGCCCAUCCUCUCCCACAGCAGUCAACUCUCCAGUCACGGCAGGAGACUCUCAGUCCAAAUUAAGGAUCAGGCAACGAAUCCUCGAAUUAAUUACAGAAAAUUCGGGGGAGUCUGUCAGCACCAUUAAAGACGAAGUGAGUUUACAAGACGUUGGAAUUGACUCGCUCUCGGUCAUUGAACUCAAGGAGUCUUUUGAAGACGCUUUCAGCGUACAAUUUGGCGAUUGGGAUUUUGGUCUACACCUGACUGUGAGAGAGCUCGUCGACUAUGUUGUUAUUUCCAGUAAUGUAUAG